UGGAAUCAAGCUUUUCCUUUUGCCAGCCAUACUCACACUUUCCCGCUUCUGUACGCAAAAUGACGUCGCAAGGCCACCUCCACGCUAUAUGAGCUCAGAUAUCUUUUGUUUCCCUUGUAUCUUGUCACAUCCAAUUUCCGAUGUUACCCUCCACAAUCACAUUUCCACCAUGGCGCAUAUACGACUCAAAGUGGCAGACGAGCGGCUGUUCGAAGAGAUAUAUAAGGAAUGAAGUAUCCUCGACUCUCUAAUCAACCAUAUUUCUUCAGGUCAAAGGAAUUCUCACUCCAAUAUGCAUGGUCUCAUCUUCCUCCUUGCGCCAGUCCUCGUUUCAGCUGCUGUUAUCAGCUCCAGAGAUGAUUCUCGCGCUGUCUAUUUCCUUGACAACAAUCCAGCAGGAGCAAGCAUCAUCUCUCUGAAGAUUGCCGAAGAUGGAACUCUCUCUGACCCAGUUCGAACUUCUACUGGAGGCAAAGGUCUGCUGGCUUUGACUGCAGGGAUGAAUGGCGCUCCUGCAGCUGCUGGUGGGGCUGAUACUCUCUUCACUCAAGACUCUGUUGUAGUCGACGGUAAUUACCUCUUCAGCGUCAAUGCCGGAAGCAACACCAUAUCGAUGUUCUCAAUUGACAAAACUGACCCCUCUCACCCCACACUCAUCAACACUGCUCCCACAUUUGGCGAGUUUCCCUCUUCGGUAGCUUACUCCUCCAAGCUAAGGACUGCUUGCGUCAUCAACGGCGGCGCCGUCGCAGGUGUAACCUGCUUCUCAACCGACCAUGCCAAAGGCCUUACGCCGCAAGGUAGCCUUCGCCCCAUCGCCCUCGGGCAAACCACGCCUCCUGUCGGUCCUCCCGGUACAGCCUCCGACAUCGUCUUCAAUCCCUCCGAGACGGCUCUCUUCGUGUCAAUCAAAGGAGCUCCUCCUAUUCCAGGCUCAAUAUACGUCUAUCCUAUCGUGGAUGGCUAUGUAUCCAUGACACCCGUCAUCUCCAAGCCUACCACCCUCCUCGUAGAUUUCUCGCUCAACUUCCUCGGCGCAGACAGCAAAGCAGUCAUCACCGACCCUGCAUACGGAGCAUCUCUCGUCGACAUUUCAAGCACCUACUACGUCACAGUAUCAAAGCAGAUCGUCAUCGCUGGCGAGAAGGCUAUUUGCUGGGCCACGUACUCCGACCGCUUCAGCAGCAUUGCCCUUCUCGAUGGAGGUUCAUCGAACGUUACGCUCAUUGACCCUGAGUCAGGCGCAGUCACUGGAGUCGCUGUACUGGAUGUGGCUGGCAAGGGUGCUUUUGACGCAAAGCUUGAUAGGACUUUUAUGUAUAUUUUGAGGGGUGCGCCGUUUGUUACAGUGUUGAGUAAUAUGGGGUUGACACAUGGGAAGAUACCGACUGAGCUUCAGAGCUUUGAUUUGAGUUCCCUUGGGAAUAGGGCUGGUUUCCAGGGGAUGGCGGUUUAUCCUGCUAAUUGAGGGCAAAUCCUCUUCUGUUGAGAUGAUUGUGAGGAAAAAGUUGAUGCUUACGAGUAUUGCCGAGCUCGGAACACGCACUGCAUGUCGUUAUCUAGUUUAUAAUUCCAGUAAUUGCAAGGAUGAUCUUCUUAAUUGACUUUCCAUGCGGUAGGCAUGAAAAGCAGUACUAAAUUCACCGAGUCUAGUAGUGAAAAUUCCACUGCUCGCCC